AGCCCCCCGCACCCCGGGCCCCACGUCCAAUAAGAAGCGGCGGGCCUGACACCUGCCUAUAUACAGGGAGCGCGCCGCAGCGCUCGCCGCCCGCCCUCGCCGCCCCCGCCGCCCCCGCACCGCCGCGCCAUCCCGCGGGCCACAGCCCCGCACCAUGACCUCCAGCGAGAUCGAGCUGCCCGGCGCGCUGCAGGCCGACCCCGCCGCCCUCAUGGCGUCCCUGCACCUCCUGCCGGCGCCCACGCCCAACCUGGAGAUCAAGUACACCAAGAUUUUUAUCAACAACGAGUGGCAGAACUCAGAGAGUGGGAGAGUGUUCCCUGUCUACAAUCCAGCCACCGGAGAGCAGGUGUGUGAAGUUCAGGAAGCAGACAAGGCAGAUAUAGACAAAGCUGUACAGGCAGCCCGCCUGGCUUUCUCUCUCGGCUCUGUAUGGAGAAGGAUGGAUGCUUCAGAAAGAGGACGUCUGCUGGACAAGCUGGCGGACUUGGUGGAACGAGACAGGGCCAUUCUUGCGACCAUGGAAUCGCUCAAUGGUGGCAAGCCAUUCCUGCAAGCUUUCUAUGUGGACUUGCAAGGGGUCAUCAAAACCCUUCGGUAUCAUGCUGGCUGGGCUGACAAAAUCCACGGGAUGACCAUUCCAGUAGAUGGCGACUACUUCACCUUCACAAGACACGAACCCGUUGGAGUGUGUGGACAGAUCAUCCAGUGAUGGAACUUCCCCCUGCUGAUGUUUGCCUGGAAAAUUGCUCCAGCUCUUUGCUGUGGCAAUACAAUCGUUAUCAAGCCCGCAGAACAAACGCCACUUAGCGCACUCUACAUGGGAGCCCUCAUCAAGGAGGCUGGCUUUCCACCAGGAGUCAUCAAUAUUUUGCCAGGAUAUGGGCCAACAGCUGGGGCAGCAAUAGCGUCUCAUGUGGGCAUAGACAAGAUUGCCUUCACGGGCUCCACCGAGGUCGGGAAGCUUAUCCAAGAAGCAGCGGGGAGAAGCAAUUUGAAGCGAGUAACUUUGGAGCUGGGAGGGAAGAGUCCCAACAUCAUCUUUGCCGAUGCUGACCUGGACUACGCUGUGGAGCAGGCUCACCAGGGCGUGUUCUUCAACCAAGGCCAGUGCUGCACCGCCGGCUCCCGCAUCUUUGUGGAGGAGUCCAUCUACGAGGAGUUUGUGAGAAGAAGCGUGGAGCGGGCCAAGAGGCGUAUAGUGGGGAGUCCCUUUGACCCCACCACGGAGCAGGGACCCCAGAUUGAUAAGAAGCAGUACAACAAGAUCCUGGAGCUCAUCCAGAGCGGCGUGGCGGAGGGCGCCAAGCUGGAGUGCGGUGGGAAAGGGCUGGGCUGCAAGGGCUUCUUCAUCGAACCCACGGUGUUCUCCAACGUCACCGAUGACAUGCGCAUCGCCAAGGAGGAGAUCUUUGGUCCCGUUCAGGAAAUCCUGAGAUUUAAGACGAUGGAUGAAGUUAUUGAAAGAGCCAACAACUCCGACUUUGGCCUGGUGGCAGCGGUCUUUACCAAUGACAUCAACAAAGCCCUGACAGUGUCAUCUGCAAUGCAAGCUGGGACUGUGUGGAUCAACUGUUACAACGCCUUGAAUGCCCAGAGCCCCUUUGGAGGAUUCAAGAUGUCUGGAAAUGGGCGAGAAAUGGGAGAAUUCGGUUUGCGAGAAUACUCAGAAGUUAAGACAGUGACGGUCAAGAUCCCCCAGAAGAACUCCUAAGAUGCCAGGAGAAGAGUCCCAGCACACCGCGAUCACCAUGCUCCUCCAGGGCCCCUCCGUCUGUCCGUCCAUCAGUCACACCCAGUGGUUCAUCACAUGUCACCCUUGCCUCUCAGCCUGCCCUGUGCCAGGCCACAUGCUCCUGGUCCCCAGAGAAGCCACCAGCUUGGUGCAGGCAGUGUCGGAUUUCUCUCCUCCCGCGCCUCCCCCAUCUCCCUCAUCUGCCAAGCCCAAUCCGAUCUCUAAUGUUAGACGGAGCUCACUUAUUUAAAAGUGCCAAACUUAACCUAAAGUAUCUGACAUGCGGGCCACACGUAUACAGCCCCACGUAUUCAACAGUCUUCUGCUUCCUAGCCAGUUUUCUAUUUAUAACCUGUGUCUCUCCAUGAUGUUUAAAGGACUCUCCACUCGCUGGGGCUUACAGAUGACACACAGUGUGUCUGUGGCCAAGGGUCCCAGAGAUGUCACUCUUUCAGGUGGCGCCAAGCUUUUCCCUGUAGUGUACAUCCCAGUGAAUACACCCACUAACCAGCUAGUUACCUUUGCCCUCUAUAGAGAAUGUGAAAAGGAAGAUCUAUUCCUUCUAAUGUACGUAAGAAACACACCUCUGGGCUAGCAAUAAAGCAUUUAUAUUGUGUA